UUGUGAAUUGCCCUAGCUGGAGGGUCUCGCUGCAGACGCCGGUCCCGCCGCCCGGAGAAGAGCGCUCUCUCUCCCUCUCCGUGGCGGGCGGCUGUUUUCCUCCGGCGGACUUCUCGGAGCAGCGCCACGCCAUGAGCGGAGGAGGAGGCAGCCGCGGGCGUCGGGAGAGCCGCGGGGCCACCCGGCCGCCGGGUCCCAGCGCAGCAGAUUGAGGCAGCGGCGGCGGAGGCGAGAGCGGGACGAGACGGAGGAGGAGGAGAAUGCGACGUGCGGGUCUGGCCGGGCUGGGCUUCGUAGCCGGGCUGUGGCUGGUGGCGCUGGCGGGGCUGUGGAGCGGGCGCGGCGCCCGGGAGCCCGGCGUCGAAGCGGCGUCGAGCGGCCGCCUCCUCCGGCCGCCCAGCGAAGCGGCGCAGAAAACUUUCCGCGCGCUGCUCACGCUGCCGGGACAACCCUCGGAGGGACCGGGCGAAAGUGGGCAGGAGCCGCCGCCUGUUCCCGCGGAUCCCCCUCGGGGCGUCGCGGAGCCACCCGUGCGCGGCGGGAUCUUCUGGAGCCGGGCGCUGGAGGCGCAAGUGCCGCCGGGCUUCUCGGCCGAGGAGGCGGCGUCGUGGGUGCGGGCGGCCCGCGAAGCGCGCGUCUUGUCCCUGGAGCGCGGCGGCUGCGGGCGCAGCUCCAACCGGCUGGCGCGCUUGUCGGACGGCAGCCGCGCGUGCGUGCGCUACGGCAUCAACGCGGAGCAGAUCCAGGGCGAGGCGCUCUCGUACCACCUGGCCGGGCUGCUGGGCAUCCAGGAGCGGCUGCCCCCGUUGGCGCUGGCGCGGGUCGAAGCCCGCGGAGGGCAGUGGGCUCCCGUGCGCGACGAGCUGCGCGGCUCCCCCUGGGCCGACGGCGCCGUGGUGAGCCUGGCGCGCUGGGUGAACAACCUGACCGACGUGGUGGCUCCCGCCCCCUGGCGGGCCGAGGCGGGCGCGGCGGCAGCGACGUCGGGCCCCCGUCGGCUUCAGCCCCUGUCGGCCGGGGAGCUGCGCGGCCUGAGCCAAGCGCAGCUGGUGGAGCUGGUGCAGUGGAGCGACCUGAUCGUCUUCGACUACGUGACGGCCAACUUCGACCGGCUGGUCAGCAACCUGUUCAGCCUGCAGUGGGACCCGCGGGUGAUGCAGCGCGCCACCAGCAACCUGCACCGAGCGCCCAACGGUGGGCUGGUCUUCCUCGACAACGAGGCCGGCCUGGUGCACGGCUACCGGCUGCUGGCCAUGUGGGACAAGUACAACGAGCCGCUGCUGCGCUCCGUCUGCGUCUUCCGAGAGGCCACCGCCCAGCGGGUGCGGGAGCUGCACCGGGCGCGCAACGCCGCCGCGGAGCUGCUCCACCUUUACCGGACCCGGGAGCCCCUGGCCAGCGUGUUGGGCUUCCUCUCCGAGCAGCAAGCGCAGCUGCUGCAGGACCGUGUCGACUUUGUCCACAAGCACAUUUUGCACUGCAAAGCCAAGGCAGCCUCGCUGUGACCCCUCUGGGCCUGGGUGGAUUUAACAUUUCGAUGGGCAUAAUGAAGGCACUGGAGGUGUGCCCGGUAGCAGUGUCCCUAAAGGAGAUGAACGCAGGGGCCACGGUUGUAGGUGGCUGGAACGCAGCUUCUGAUUUAGAGCACUUCUGGAAACCUUGCCUUGAAAUAUCUGACCAGCCUGCCGAAAAAUGAACUUAAUAAUUGAGAGUAUUUUUUUUUAGGGGGGGAGGGCAGAGAGACUAGUUAAUGGUUCCCAGACAUUUUCCUGCUGGGAUCCAUCAGCAGAAUGUGGUCUUCCUUUGUUUGGCGCACACAGUUUAAAUUCCAACCCCAAAAGUGAAAUUUCUGACUAGGCAGCCUUAUGCAGCCUGUACUCCCAGCUUCCCACCCGGUCCUCAAAGGAGACCUGGGUUGGCUUAGAUUUUUGUCAGAGGGAUGCACUGAAAACAAUGGCCUUUCUAAGGUGUAAGGUAUAAUGUUGCCCUGAUGCACCUGUCCUGCACUAUUGUCUGCUAUAAAACUAGGCCAAGUAAUAUCCUUCCAUUGCACAGUGUGUUGUUUUUCUUUUCUUUGUGUCCAAAGUAAUUAGGGUCCAAAAUAACUCUGAGGGACUCAGUCUGUGGCCUGGGAGUAUACGGUGCUGGAACUAAAUGGUCCUAUCUAGUCCCUUGGAUAAGAGACAACUGGGAGCCUCCUGUAACAUCAUGGCAUAAUGAUAAUAAGUGUAUAUUUUAAUUGCUAUAUAUCUCCCUGUAUUAAUUUCAUGCCAGGUUUCUCUUUCAAGUGUGCCCCCCUUAAUUGCUCUUAUAGGAGCAUCCCUUAAGAAUUCACUCUGAAAUACUCUGUGCAAAAGCUAUUGCCAUGGGUGGGUGGAACCAGCUACCUUUUCCUUCCAGUGGGGAUUUGUAUGUGCACAAGAUUCCCUGUAACAAUCCCCUUUAUUGUAUAUGAAAAAAGUACUUGCUAUCCAGCAACACUCUGCAUCUAUCCCACUUAUGGACUUGCAUUUCCCUGUGGCUCUUCCUAGCCAGGGCGGACAUAGUUUUGACAAAAGUUAGUAUUUUUAAAAAGAAGAAGUGAUGAGAAAGUCACUGUUCCAGUAGCUCUUGACUUUAACCAGUGAGAAGCAUUUGGCAAAUAUCAUUAGUUUCUCUGUGUGUCUGUUUUUAUAUGUAACCACUGCUGUACAGUAAAUAAUUGACUAAUGGGGUGAUGGAGGAGAAAAUAUUCCCAGGUUUAUAUAGUAUUGUCAGUGUAUUAAAAUGUUUUGAUGCAUUAAUCCGGAGGAGGAAAACAUCAGUUUCAUGCACUUUACUUUGACUUUUCUUAUUUUUUUAAAUAUAAAAAGACUUUUUUAUUUUAAAAGAAGUCUGCAUUUUAGGUACAUGACGUAUGUUCUUAAGCUCUUCUGUAACAUACUAAAGAAAUGGAUAUUUCAGUAAAAAUGUGUUAAAAGUUUUGCCUUUUGGUGUUUAAGGUUUUGGCUUUAUGAAAAGCAAUGUCUUUCUUCCGACACUUUCCCUUCUCUUUCCUUGUUUUAAUGGGUGUUUUUCUUUACUUGGUAUAAAAGAGUUAAGUUGUUCCAUACAGAACUUGCUCUUUAGAGUUAACUUUGCAGCCUCUCUCCCUGUGCCUUAGCUGAUCCAAAACCCUGUGCUCAUCAAGAAUGCGUAACACGCAUGUCUAAUGGUUGCUGCUGAUUUGAGUAAGAAUUCCUACACAAAUUUCUAGGAGAAUUACUGUGUAUUUUUUUUUAAAACUAACUUGAUUCAGUCAGUUCAGGUUUCAGCACUGACUGCCUCUGUUGGUUGCUUCUCACACACUGUUGAAAAACCUGUUAUAGUAGUACCAAGAGCUAUAAAAUCAGAGCAUCUCUGAGAGCAUGUGCCAUAUUCAGCAGCUGUUAAUUCCUUUUCCAUUUUGGUUUCUGGGAAACCAAUAACAAAUGGAAAAGUCUAUGACCUACUGUUCAUGCCAGAAUAAUUCAAGGCUUCUUUUCAGCUUAGUUUCUAUCCAGAUCUAGGUGGGAGUGGGGGACAGAAGCUGAAAUGAAAUGUGUACAUAAUUGCAACUAAAGUUCAAAACCCCCAUCUAGCAAGGGAGAUCCAUUAUCUAACCAGCACCAGUGCUCUUAUCAGUGUGUAUUGUAAUGCUUGUUUGGGUUCCAGGGAACUGGCUGGCUAUGUCUUCCAGUGCGUGUCAAUACAGGGUGAAUACAGGCUGUCAAUAGGUCGUAUGUGGCCAGAACUGGUUUGGGUCUUUAAAGUCUUUUGGCAGCCUUGAUUGAGCUUCUGAGGAGCCACACCGUACAUUAAGGAGGGCAAUGUUAUAAACGCCUCUCUUUGUAAACACAGGAUGUAGAGGUAUGGAAUAAAGCGUCUGAAUUCCCUUUGAACUGUAUGUGCUUAUCAGAUAAGAAUAUAAUCUCUGCCACAUCUGGGGAGAUAUCUGCCUUUGCAGACUGGAGGUCAGAGGGCAUUUUGCAGGCAUCAGAUAAAGUAAGUGCAGUUGAAAUCGUUUUGAGCAUACAAAUAUCCUUAAAGAGUGCUAAGAGCUUCAUCGCCAACAGAUUGCACCCAUUCUGGUAACAACGCUUCCCACAAGUGAUGGGGCUGGUUCGAAUCAUCUUGAUCAUAAUUACUUCUGAGCCCAAGAGCACAAUGAUGUUUUUACAAAGGUUAGAUGCUGGACCUUUAAAAUACCUAGGGCUUGUUAACUAAGUAUUGUUCUCAGACCUCCUUAACUGCCCUAAGAAGGCUCUUUCACUCCACUGCCCAGACUGACAGCACUCUUUCUUUAACUCUUAUUUAUAACUCUCCACUCUUUUAUCACACUGCACAAUGCACAGAGUCCCAUGUGCCGCUUCUUUUGCCAUUUGCAUGAUAAUAUACAAUUUAGCUGUGUGAUUCUUCCUAGCACUGUUUGUCAGCAUGAGUUUUGUUAAGUAGCCUGGCUGCAGGGUUCCCCCCCCCCCAGAUGUGUUCGCUUAAUGAAAAUGCAUUUAAAUAAUAUAGCAGUGGCAUAAACUCUCAACCACCC